AUGAAGUUUAACAAAAUCCCCUGGCCUGACCACAACAAGGAAGUUCUCAACUAUCGAGCUAAUGUAUACACUGUAGCACAGCCUGACGUUUCCUUAAACGAAACAGUAGGAGUUAAAAGGGACCGACUUCCUGUAAGGCGAACGCGCUCCGGAGCGUUGCGUAGGAUGCCUGUUGAAAGCCCGGAGGACAGGACAGUGGAGGUUCUGGCCCUGCCCGAUGGAAUCGACGAAGAGCUGCUGUACCUCUACUUUGAGAAUAAGAGGCGAUCAGGGGGCGGUUCGCUUGAGGCUGUGGAAAAGAAGGACAACAAUGCUGUACUGGUUUUUGAGGAAGCAGAAGGCAAGUCCCAAUCAUCCGCGGCCCGGGUGCUUGCGAAAGGACACCAUGUUCUUCACAAUGUGGAGCUGACGGUACGAAAGCCUCUGUCAAAGGACCCGUGCAGACUCCUCCUGCGGGGGCUCAACCCCAGCACUAACAUGGAGAUGGUGGAGCUCUACGUGGAGAACAUGAUGGGCCUGAGCAUCACAGACUACACCCUGCAUCGCUCCCCAGGAAAAGACUGCGUCCUCAUUCAUCUCAGCCAGGCCCUCUCAAAAGAAUUCCAAAUGCUGCAAGUGAAAAUCUCCAAAAGGAAGCUCGAUGGGGCCGAGGUGACUAUCGAGCAGAUUGAGCAAACGGACUCCGUCCUGGUGGAGAACCUACACCCUGGAACCACAGCAGACCUUCUCUCUUUGUACUUUGAAAGCAAUCGAGGUGGACAUCAGAAGGUGAAGGAGGUCGCCAUGCUGUCAGAGGGCACCGCAAAGGUGUCCUUUGAAAACUCUGAGUCUCUGGACCCCAUACUGAAUCGUCAGCAUAAACUGGAUGGUUCUGAGCUUAUAGUGAAGGCCUACUUUGACUUCCUUCAACCUGCAAAGAGUGAACCAGCUCAGGACUCUGUAACUGAAAGCCAAGGCAGCCCAGAGAACAGCUCGGAGGCCCUGACUGAUGUAGUGAUGCAGGCCGGUCCGGUCCUGAUGGAUGCAGACCAGCCCUCUCAUCCCUCCUCUCAGGCGGCCGUGGAAACUCCCGCGAUCGAAACCGCAGAAGAGGUGGCGGAGGAGGCGAUGGAGGAUCAGGCUGAGGAAGACCAAACGCUAUCGUGCCAAGUCCUCAUCACCGACCCAGUAAAAUCCGCUUUGUUCCAAUGUAGCGCCUUUUACCAGGACACGCAGAAAGCUUACCCCAACUUUAGCAUCCAGAUGAAGGACGGUGAGGGUGUGGACAUUUCAGGGCCUGACAGACUUCAAGUAGAGCAGCUGAAACAAAGGAUCCUAGACUUUAUUGGUCAGUUGGUUGAGACUAAUAUCCCUCUAGAGCCAGAGCAGGCAGAGUUUCUGGCUAGACCGGAUGUGAAGGAGCAGCUGCAUGAAGCCAUGAGUCAAACUGCGUCGCCCGCCAUGUACACUGUGUCAAACUCUGAUGUCACUGUGACAUCUUCAUCCCAGGAUUCAGCCCGCCGGGCAUGUGACUUUCUAAAAUCCCAGCUGAGCAGCUUCCGCAUUCCCGUGGACGGGGAACUGCAGUGCAUGCUGUAUUUGCGAGAGUGGACUGAGUUCCUGCAGGCUCUGGGGUUUGUCUAUGCGAAGCGCUCAGAACAAGAAGAUAGUAUUGAUGUCCUGACACUGAAAGGGAUGGAGGAUGAGAAGCAGACUGCGAUCCUAAAGUUUCUGUCUACACCCAUUGAGAGGGAGACAUUGAUUUCUAUGGAUUCAGGAACACUGAAGUACAUCCAGAUUCACUCUCAUCAGCUCCUGGCCGACAUGGACCAGGUCUCUAUUUUUCCACUCGAGGGUGAGGAAGUUUCGGGGUUAAAGAUCCAUGGCCAUGCAGUCGCUUGUCAAAUGGCAGAAGAACUCCUUCAAGGCGUCGUCUCUUCUAUCUGUACCAGAACAAUCACGAUAAACAACCCAGGAGUAGCCCGGUUUUUGGAUGAGAAGGAGUGCAGGAGCAUAUUUAAUGAAAUGGAAACUAAAUUUCAGGUCCUCAUCAUCCUAAAGUACGAGGUCUGGCAGCCCCUACCAGACCAGGAUAUUUUCGAAAGUGCAUGGAAGAUGAUGUCCCACAGAAACUUCCAGAAGGUGUCCUUGAAUGGUUCUGCACAGGAGCUGAAAUCAGACUCAGAGCAGAUGGUUCCUAAUGGAGCUUCAGGUGGAGGUCUUUUAGAGGAAGCCAAGAAGAUCGUCUCUGCUAUUGAUGACAGGGAGCAGGAGGAAGGGCUGACAGCGGGUGAGCUGGAUGACAUGGAUGACAUGGACCUCUACACGGCGGAGGAACCUGCCCCUCUGAAGGACGGCGCCUCUAACGGGUCAGCGGCCGAAGCCUCUCAGCUGCCAGCCGAUCAGAAUGCUGCCGGUGGCUCAUUCGCCAGCAAUUUGGAAGAAGAGGCCCAGCUAUCUUUGGCUAUCCAAUACUCUCUGGAGUCAAGCCAGUGGUCCCUUAUAGACGAAGAGGAGCAAUUUCAAAAGGCCUUGGAGUUGUCUAAGUCUAUGAUCCAAAAUGAACAUUGCUCCGGCGGUGUUGACAGGAGCAGCCGGACAGAGCCAAAGAAAAAGGGAUGUGGCAAUGCCUCCUUACAGGAGACGAUAAAAGCAGCCAACACCGUCCAGCUGGAGGUGUUCGCCGGCUACGACAGCGACCUGGUUCGGGUGGACAUUGCCUUCAAUAAGAAGGUGAGCUUGAGGCAGGUCGAUGAGAAACUGGAGCAUAGGUGCAUAAGCAAGAUGAGCGACUACCACUGGAAAUGUUUGGAGAUGAUCCAGCGGAAGCAUGCCGUGGAGCUCCAAGUCCAGGGAACCAUCGUGGCCGUGUCCGGGUUUCAGGAUUACGUGGCCGGAGCCGUCGCCGACGUCAAGCUGCUGCUGGACAAGAUCUCCAACUCGUUAACGGACGAGGAAAUCCUGAAGACCGUCCGGUGGGAGCAGCACGAGCCGGCCUCCUUAAAACCGACGGCCUAUUCUCCUGACGCCAUCGUGUUCAUCGAGAACUCUUGGAGGAUGAAGCUGAAGAAAGUUGACAUCUUACUGGACAACCAGCCCCACAUUAUUGACUUUGAGAAGAUGGAGGAAUACAACAUAGCCUCAGGAAAAGCUGUGACCAUCAGCAGGACGUUGCCUGAAUUGGUGGAUUUGACCAAAGACUUACCAGAGGAGGAAUGCUCUCUGCUGUCGAACCUACCCGAAGCAUCCAAAGUGGACGAGGAGUCGGACGAAUUCCAGAAUGUGGUGAAGAGCUUUUAUGAGACCAUACAAGAUUACCACAGCAGAAUCCGGAUCAUCAAGGUGGAGAAGCUAAUGAAUCGGCUGCUGUACAAUCAGUACAAGCUGAAGAAGCUGAGCGUGAUGCAGAGAUCCAGCCACCCUGAAAUCGAGCGGACGCUCUACCACGGCACCAGCGAGACCAGCGUGAAAGAGAUAUGUGUUCACGGGUUCAACAGGAGCUUCUGUGGGAAGAACGCUACCGUUUAUGGACAGGGGGUGUAUUUUGCCGUCAACUCGGCUCUGUCCGUCCAGGAACAAUACUCGCCCCCAAACGCGGAUGGAUACAAGUUCAUCUUUAUGUCAAAAGUCUUAACAGGCGACUUCACCAAAGGCUGCCAUGCGAUGAAGACGGCCCCCCUGAAGGAGACGGGGGACAUCCCCCUCCGAUACGACAGCGUAACCGAUGACAUCACCAAGCCCACCAUGUUUGUGAUCUUCAACGACACGCAAGCUUUUCCUGAGUAUCUCAUCACGUGCCAGCGAAUCCACCGCUGAAGGAAAGAGCCCACGCGUCUGUCUGGAGGGGGAAAAAAGACCCGUGAUGUCACCUUUCAAUGUUUAUACCUCCAUUGUAAAAGUGCAAUUGAAUGUCCAAGGGCUUUUUUUUUUCUUUUUAUAUCGCAUCCUUUCGAGCUGUUCAAACUUAGACGAAUCAGGCAAAAUCAAGCAAAUAAAUCAAUUAGGCACACCCUAAGCGCAGCCUCCCUCAGAAUGCUGUGGUCCUCACCACAGUCUGCACGUUACCAGCAGUCAAUAUCCAUCAUUUUGGAGACCGGAAUUGAGGAAUUCGAUCUAUUUUCAUUAGCUACCCGAAAGAAUAUUGUUUAAAAAAUUUGUUCAAAACAAGCAUACAUUUAUUAAGGGGAAAUAAGCCUUUAUUUCAACCCACAGGGCACAAUAACUACUUUUUUGUGUCAUUGUGGUUUGAACAAAACAAUGAAUUAACAGAAACAAAGCAAAGCCCCACUGCAUGUAUUCAAAGCUGUAAAUUCAAAUUCGGUGGCUGUUUUAGGGACUCGCAAAAAACAAAGAGGGCUGAUUGGACUGAUUCAUUGUGCACUUUUACCAAUAGGAAUCCCAGUUUUUGAUUUACCCAUGUGGUCAAAUUUGAUCUUUUGCCUCGUCGCGUAAGAAUAGCUGCUGAAUUCAUCUUAAGUGGAGCACGCACCACACUAACCAAAGGGUUGCUUUUUAUUCCAAAAGGUCCACAUGAGCUCUGUUGUGUUGUAGCGUUUUAACCUUUUUUCAUUCAUUACACGUUGAACGGAGGUGCUACGGACUUAUGUGCGUCGGACCGUGACCUCUGUGGCGGUCAUCUGUUUGAUCUCCUCCCACCUGAACACAGUCUGCAGAAUUUGUGGACGUUAUGAAUAAAGCACAGUGUCUGCUGAAUGUUGGAAGUUUUCAGGUAAGAUUGUACUUAACAUUUGUGCUGCCAACAACACGUUAUCUUCCUUCUUUCUUGUUUUUUUAUUUUUUAUGUUUGUACUUUUCAUCCAAGCAGUAAAUACGAGUUUGUGGUCUCAGCUGAUAUCCCUUUUCAUUUGAAAGAAAAAUAAAAAUUGGAAUGGGA